AUGGUAAGGAUGCUUGGGCCUGCGCACCUUUUCGUCACGUUCUCCACAACGGAUCUGCAUUGGGAUGAUCUGAUGCGAUCACCUUCCUCGGAUCGGAUUGAAGACUGUGAGAUCACAUGGUCGGAUAGAGAAGGUCGAGCUGUCUUGCUGAGAUUCUCGGCCGACAAGGCCCCUGCGACAAGCCUCAUGGCUGUCUAUGCCCCAAACGUAGAAACCGAAAAGGUGGCCUUCUGGAAAAGGAUGGCUCUGAUCUCAAGUACCGAAAAACCGGAUAUUAUCUUAGGGGAUCUAAAUACCACCUUAGAUCCUAUCGAUAGAAAUCCGGUUCGGGUUGAGGAUCUGCGUGUUCGUAAAGCCUUUCAGGACUUUAUCACUAUUGGAAGUGUCGUGAUGGAGGAUGGGUGGCGAGAAACCUAUCCCGACACGAAGCAAUAUACUUGGUGGGGCCAUCAAGGGGUAAUUGCCUCGAGUCGUAUCGAUAGGAUCUACGUGACCCCCUCGAAGUUUGAUAAGUGCCUGCAAUGGUGGAUCGAGCAGACUCCGGGUUGGACAGAUCAUUCCAUGCCUGUGAUGGAUUUCUGUCCAGAAGGAAAAGUGGAGAGGGGAAAAGGUCAGUGGUAUAUGAACGCAAAUUUGUUCAACCACGCCGAAAUGCGUGCGGGUCUGAGGGCUGUGUUGGAUGAAUGGCUCCCUAAGUUGGGCUAG